AUGCCGGUAUAUGCCUUUGGCUCCAACGGCUCCGGCCAACUGGGCAUCGGCCACACGGACGACGUCUGCACGCCAACGCGCUGUUUUUUCUCGAGACCUGACGAUAGCACCACCACCAGUAGCACUGGUGGUGGUAGUGAUACUACUAUCGAUACCGAUCCCGAUAAGGUUAUAGAUGAAGAUAGAGAUCGGGUCCGCCGCAUCGCCGCAGGCGGUAAUCACACCAUCAUCCUAUACGCCAGUGGAGCCGCGUAUGCGGCAGGAAUGAACGCCGAUGGGCGCUGUGGAGUUGGGGAUGUAAACUCUAAUUAUUCGUUUUCUCCUUCUACAACUAAAUCUGAAACUGAUUUGGGCGGGGAAGAAAGAAGAAUGUUGGUUCGGUUUGCGCGUGUUAGGCUUGAGCUGGCGGAUGGCCGUGUUGUGGAUCGGUUCGCCGAUGUAUCUGCGUCGUGGGCUGCGACGGUGUUUGUAGCGCUGUGCGGAGAGGAGGUUUAUGUCGUGGGAUCGGGGGAGAAAGGGGAAUUGGGACUUGGUGAAGCUUGUCAGAUAGCUGCUGAACCAACGGUUAUAACCGAUUUCCCUCCGGCAGGGUCAAGUGUCACGGCUAUUGCUAGCGGAAUGAGCCAUGUGGUUUGUGUCUUGUCGAAUGGACAUGUCUACGGCUGGGGCGCUGCGCGAAAGGGGCAGUUGGGUCAUUCAGCAACAGCAUCAAAGGCGGCGUGGGUGCCCGUUAGUAUUGAAGAUGUAUCGUUUCGCGCAGAUGGCGCCGCGUGUGGAAGGGAGUUUACGGUUGUUGUCGGCCGUGCCUCUGGGGAAUACGUUGUUCUUGGGUCUGAUAAAUGGGGUAUUGUUUCUGGUGCUACUUCUUCUGCUGCAGAAACAAACCUCAAAAAGGGGCGUGUUUCUACAAGCUGGCAUGGAGUCUAUAUACACAACGCUGCCGAUAACUCUCUUGUGGCCUGGGGCCGCAACGACCGCGGCCAGCUUCCGCCGUCUUCAUUGUCCGAAAAAAAAGUCGCGCAGUUCGCGGCGGGCAGUGAGCAUGCUGUUGCACUCCUGUCCGAUCUGACGGUUGUCUCGUUUGGGUGGGGCGAGCAUGGGAACUGUGGUGCGGCGGUGGACGCGCAGGGAAACGUCAAGGACCGGGUUAAUGAGAUUCCGCUGUCGCUGGCCGACGAUGAGCGCGUAGUCCGCGUGGCUGCUGGCUGUGCGACGAGCUGGGUUGUGACGACUCGUGGCUGA